AUCUCUCAAAAGUCAAAAAAAAAAGAUACUUCAAAGAAUACUGACCCUCGAGUUCCCUCCGGAAAUAGCGAGCCUAUAAAUAAUAAUAAUAAUCAAUUAACCGUUGCCAUAAACAAUAAAACUGGUGCUGCUCUUAAUUUCAUUUUUAAAAGAGCCCCAAAUCUUAUUCCACAAGUUAUCGGCGUCGCAAAAACAAUAACUCCAAAUCUACAAAAGAAAUCGGAUAAAUCUAAACGUAAUGUUGAUAAUUCUAUUAUAAAUAAUCUUUCUUCUCCGGCUUCAAAUGAUUCUUCUCUCUUGAACUCUCCUGCCUCUUUCUCCCCUUCUCAAAAACGUGGUUCAAAAUCUUUAAAUGGUGAUUUCGGUAAUCGUCCUGAUCAUCAACGCCGUCCUUCUGAACCAACUGCUGUACUAGGUUUAAAUAAACAAUCUUUACAUUCGGAUUUCUCUUCAAAUAACAAGGAUAUUAGUAUUUAUGGUGCUGUACCUUCUUCAAGAAAAAAAGAUACCGGUCUUUAUGGUGCUGUACCUGCCAUCAAUGUUCAUCAUGUCGACAUUAAUAACGGUUUACGAAUUAAUCGUUCUGCUUCCAUAUCAAACGUUCCUAUCAUUAAAGAAGGUUAUUUAAACAAAAAAAUUGAUUUUGACGUAAAAUCUAUUUCUUCUUCACGCGGCUGGAAAGCAUACCGUGUGAUAUUAAGAGGUUCAAAAUUGUAUUUCUAUAGGCCUCCUUCUGAGGCUGUUUUAAAGACUUUUUUUCCAAACAAUAAAGAUAUGGGAAAGGAUAUGAUUUCAACUCUUUCACCUAUCAACGAGCGUGGUAUGCCUCUUACUCCUUUAAAUUUUGAUACUAGUGCUAGUAAAUUAAUUUUCGAAGGUAAUGAUAAGUUUAGUCCACCUUUGAUCACAAAGUAUUACUAUGGUGAAAUUUGCUAUGAAGUAGAUCGAACUGUUGCUAUGCGAUUCAAGAAGCAUGUAUGCUUACUUAUAUUUGAGGACAAUGUUGUCAUAUGCAAACGCAAAUGGGUAAGAUAUACUAGUGCAAAUUUAAGACCCAUAAUUGAUGCUAUGGGGUUUGGUGGAAAUCAUUCUUCUACGAAUGUUACUUCUCCUAAUAUCAAUUCUGACUCUGGAGGUCAAGAUUGGGAUACGAGAUCGAUUAGUAGUACACGCGGUAUAACUGAAAAUGAUGGUUCUUCAAUAAAUAAGGGUAAAGGCUAUUAUACAAAAUGGAAGCUUGAUGCAUGCUAUUCAAUUCAUAGUGUAGAUGUUGUUCCUGAUCCAAAUUUACCCACUGGUCAUUCUCCAUAUAUAACUCCUUCUUCUCAACCACCAUUUACUGCAAACAGAAAUGAUGAUACAUCUUCUCUUCGAUCUGUCUCUUCUUCUGUAUCAAUUAUUGCUAAUGUUUCUUCUACUUCUGGUGUUAUCCUUUAUUUAAAUAUUGUUGAUAAUGGGGAAAAGGAUAGUUAUAGAGUUUUUGUUGCUUCUAAUAAUGAUGUUAGAUCAUUAUGGAUUGCAAAGUUAUGGGAUGCAAAAAAAGCAAAUUUAAGAAAAUUGAUGAAAUUAUCUGAUAAACAAUCCAAAGGACUAAAUGAUUUUGAUAAUAAUGGAUUAACAACUGCACAUUAUAAUAUACGUGGUAUUAAUAGUCCUCAAGAUUCUACAGGAUUUGGAGAUGAAAAAUCUGAGAGUACAACAGUUACACCAAGGAGGAGAGCUUAUUGGGGUACGGAAAGACAUCCAGAGUUAAUAAUCAAGGAAGCAAAUUCAGUGAAGAAGUCCCUUGAUGAUAAUUCUUUAUCAUCGCCAUCAUCACCCGAAAUCGAAUCAUCAUCACAGUCCGAAGUUAAAUCAUUAUCAUCAUCUGAAAAGAAUGAAUCAACAUCUCAAACUCUUAUUCGUGGAGGUUCUAUUUGUUCUUUAAUUCAUGAACUUGUAUUUGAAACACAGAAAGGUACAGAAGAAAAUGAUGAAUUUCUUCAUGCAUUUCUUUUAACAUACCCACUUUUUGCUGAAACAUCCCACAUUUUCCGUGAAUUGAAACGUUGCGCAAGCAUGCAGAGUGCGUUCGAAAAUGAUGAACAAAACAAAACAAAUAAAAUAAGUGAAAGAAUAAUGAUAAUACUUACAAUAUGGUGUCAGAAUUACGGUCGAGAUUUGGCACGUGAUGAUAUACGGAAUGCCAUGUUAGAGUUAGUGGAUGAAGCAUUUGCAAAUAAUCCUUCUGAUGCGGAAGAGAUAAAGAAAUUAAUACAAGAUUCACGUGCUAAUGUAUUAAACAUUGAUAAUAAUGAAGAAGAAAUGACAGUGAAAGAAACUUUAAGUCAUCCAGUUCCUGCACCUCUUUCAUUAGAUCUCUCUAAUUUGCUUGUUACUGGUUUAACUCCUGCAUUAUUCUUGAAAAUGGUCCCAGAUGAAUUGGCGCAACAAAUUUAUUUAUAUCAUUUUUUGGAACUUUAUAAAACAAAACCUAUGAAUGAUUUGAGAAUUUUUAGUCCAACAAAAAAUCGACAGGAGUCACUACCGAAAGAAAGUCCAUUAAAUUCUACUCCAACAACACCUCAUUUCAUUACAAGACUAAUAUAUCACCAUAUAUUAAUUGCAACACAACAAGCUGGUUAUAUUAGUCGUCGUCCUUUGAUAUUAACGCAUUGGAUUCAAACUGGUAUUGCGUGUAAAAUGUUAGGUGAUAUGUCUGGUUGGAUGGCUGUUGCGUCAGCUAUAUGUUCACCAGGGAUAGUACGUUUGAAGGAAACAUGGAGACGUGUAAAUGAACGUUGGAAAGAUGUUGUUGUAAAUGAAUGGAUUCCACUUCUAUUAACUUAUGGAGGUAUUGAUGGGGAAGCUGAUAUUGAGAAUGUAAAUUCUUUACUCUUGGUUAUACAGGAUAAAAAGGAAAAGAGUAAAACUAAACCAAUUCCUUAUUUUGGUUUUAUUACUAUCGCUUUGGACCGGCUUAAUUCAACAAUACCGUCGGUGAUUGAUCGAUCCACAAAUGAUCAAAACCGUACUGGGUCCAGAAAUAAUAGUAUUUCAGGGUCAAGUAUCAUUAAUUUUGAAAAAUAUCGAAAAAUGUAUGAUACAAUCAUUUACUCACUGAAUCAAUGGGAACAAGCUGAAAGCUAUAUAAAAUUUGAUGAAAAUUCAUGUCCUUUUACUCCUUCAUCUCCUCUUCAAAAAUAUUUCCAUCAACUCAAUUCCGUUCCAACAUCUUCCACACUAGAUGUUUGGCAAUUAUUUGAUUCAUCUUUAAUAUGUGAACCUCGUUUACAUGGUCAAUAUUUAGAACAUCAUGCCCGCCAACAUAAAUCACAUUCUGCUUACGUACCACUGGUUUUUACCGAAGUUAUUCCUUCUAGUCGAUUGUUUGAAAAAAAUGCAGUAUUAAGUGCGAGCGGAACAUUAGGUAAAAAAACAUCGAAUUCUUCUUUAAAUAUAGGAAGUGAUAAUAAUUCAUUGGUUUCAAUGGCAUCGCCAACGCGACAAAGUUUCUCAAGUUCAUAUGUUAAUUCAGAUACAUAUCCGACUUCGCCCAUCAAUAAAACCCAAUCUACAAAUAAUUCACCAGCUCACCAAACUUACGGAGGUGUAAGGCAAAGGACUAUAUCAUUCCCUCCAUCAAAAAUAGGACCAAUAACUUCUACCACAUGGAACACUGGGUUGGAUCUAUUUACAAGGAAUUGGUUAGGUGGUUUGGCACAGCAUCGUGGAAGUUAUACUGUGUUAUUGAAAUGUAUGAAAGAUAUUGCCGGUGUUGGUGAAAUGCUUAUGUUUGUUAAAGAUGGUGAACUUGUAUUUAAAUCUGUUAGAGAUGCUACUGGUUCACGACCUGCAAGUCUUGUCGAAUCUGGUACAACUUCUAAGAGAAAUUCGGUUCACGGUAUUACACAUCCUCAGCAAAACUCACCACGUACAAGUUUAUGUACUAACAGUGAGCAUGACUCUCUUAUGGUUGUUGUUAAGGCAGGAACCUUGGAAAGGUUAGUGGAUGUUUUGAUCAACGGAGUUGCUUCUUUCAGCACUAGUGUAGUUGAUGAUAAUGGUGAACCGCCUUUGACCAUAGGAAAACAAGGUCAACUUGGUAUUAAUUCGGCGGAAUAUUUGGCAACAUUCUUUAGUACAUACCGUAGUUUUUGUAGUCCACAUGUACUUUUUGAGAUUUUAAGAAAACAUUUUGCUAACGCAAAAAAAAAUUCAAAGAAAUCCGUAGAAUCUACUACAUCUGUGACUUUUGAUAAUGAAAACGAAACGAAACAAGAUGUUGCAUCUUAUGAUUGGAAUCAAGUGAUAACAUUUCAAUCGAAGGUCCUCAAAGUAUUUCAUUAUUGGGUUGAGGAAUUUUUUUACGAUUUUUUGGAUGAUUUAACAUUGAGAAACCGUUUCACACAUUUUCUCAAUGAUGCAAAAUUGGAAAUAGAAGAAUUGAUCGGCAGCUUGGACGAUGAACAAUUAUUAUCUCAUGCUGAAGAAAUCAAAGAAUCGAUAAUUAAUUUAAAAAGACAGGUUAUGGUCAAGAGCCUUGAACCCGCUAAUGAUGCACAAAAUGAGAAAAUGUCAUCCUUAAUAGAUAAAGUUAUUAAUGAUCCAUCAUCAUUACCAUCAUCAAAAAGCAAUAAUAUUACUAAAGACGUUGAAACACCUUCCCCUUCCUCAGACGUGCAAGAUGUAUCUGAUCUUCUUGAUAGUAUUGAUCUCACAGUCAUCGGUUUGUUCGAGGCUGUAACACCACAAGAUUGGGUUCUUGCCUUUGAAAUUCUUGAGACACAAUCAAUAAAUGUUCUUGGCUGGUAUCCUAAAAAACAAUCAUCCACUUCUGAUGAGGAAAUACAUAUCACAGACAUUUUUACUGUUUUACAACAAACGGAACGAACAGGAAACUCGAAAAGAAGUGUUCUCAGUUCACUUCCUCGUUCAAUCCAAGCUCUUUGCCGGGUUCACAAUGCUAUUCGUAAAUGGGCAAUUCAAGAAAUCGUUUCAACGACAAUCGAUCUUGAACGACGAGUGAAUAGAAUCAAUAUAUUUCUUGAUAUGAUUUUGUUAAGCAGAAAGAGAAUGGCAAAAUUAGAUAUUUAUCCCAAGGAUGAAAUUGCUAAACCUGAGUCCGAGGCAAAAAGAGGUGUUCCGUCCUUUGUAGAAAGUGCGAUAGUAAGCGCGCUGAUUAGUCCUGAAAGUAGAUUAUUUGCAAAAGCUUGGAAUGAAAUUUCCAUAACUCGAGAUGGUGGUUUAGACUCACUCGAAUCAUUAUUACAAAAUGGGUCAACAAAGAGACAUUUAACUAUUCAUGUACAACAUAACUUAGCUCUUGUACCAUGUAUCGGAUGGUUAUUUGAACGUAUGUUAGAAAUAUGUUGCAAUGUACCAGAUAUAUCUUUUGACACGGAAAAACUGAUAAAUUAUGAUAAACGUCGAUAUGUAUAUAACUUGACACAAAUUUUUGUUCGUCUACAACGCGAGUUAUCAGAACGGGCUCAAGAUCGCAAGCCUGUAAUAGAUUUUGGUGACUUAAUAAGCAGUAUUCAAAAAUCCAACGCUAAGACUCACUUUCGCUUUCUUAAAGAGGUUGCGUCUCGAGAAAAUAAUAUGAUUCGUGCCUCUAAUGCUCCACCAAAACUACCAAAACUGCAAAGACCUUUUUAUAAGCUUAUUGCGGAACAACAGGAGAAGGUCAAACGAGAUCAAAAAGAAAAAGAACGUCUUGCAAAAGAUAUUCGCGAGACGCAGAAUAAACUACAAAAGAAGCAAAAUGAACAAGCAAAACUACUCGAAAAACAAACUCGAAUACAACAAAGGCCACGUAACAAAUCCAGGGUGGAAUCCUUUAUCAAACAUGCUGUACGUCCAUUUUCGAUGGUUUUAGCAAAUACAUGGCAAUCUUCUGGCAAUACAAGUUCAUCUUUGAAAGCUCAAAAUAAUCCUAAACCUACGCUUGUUAUAAAUCUUAUUAACUCUGUGACAUCUGUUGAUUAUGAUGCUAUGUUUGAUUUUGUUUUCCGUGUUGAAAGUGAGGAAGGAGGGCAAUAUUUGUUCCAAGCUCUUGACUAUGAUAAUAUGAAUGAAUGGAUACGAGUUAUAAACGAUGCAGCCAAAGAGGGGGCAGAAAAACGGCGAACAAUCUUUCAAUCUGAACAAGCCAUAGAACCCAAAGAAGAAGUAGUUCCAGAAGAAACUAAGACGCGAAGCUCUGUAUACGGUAAAGAACUUUUUACUUUAAUGGCGGACGGAAAAGUCCCACUUCUGGUUGAAAAAAGUAUAGCAGAAAUAGAAAAGAGAGAAGAAUAUAGAGAUAUAAAUGUUAUUGCCGGUGCUCUUAAACUCUUUUUCCGUUCUCUUCCUGAACCUUUAACAACAUUUGAAUUAUAUGACGAUUUUAUACAAGCUGCUAAAGAAACUUCUGAUAUUGAAUACCAGGAAGAACUUUUAGACCCCGAUAUUGAAGUCAGCGAACCAGAGGGGGAGGGGAUUCAAACAACCCACCUUUUACCAGAUGAUACUUCCUCAUUCGACAAUCAAUCUGCAAAUUCGGAAACUCAUCAUGAAGAAAUUGGUAAUAAUUUUGGGGAGGAAGGAAAUCUGUUAUGGGAGGAAUCCGAUGGUCAAAUAGUUCAGCAACACUUGGAUGUGGGUUAUAAGGAAGAUAUUUCUUUUGUAGAGCAUCAAGAACAAACCUCAUUAACGCAACCCCAUGAAGGACACUCAUUAAUAAGCAAUGACAUUGUAAAAGAGAAAAAUAUGGAAGAGGUUCAGCAACACUUGGAUGUGGAUUAUAAGGAAAAUAUUUCUUUUGUAGAGCACCAAGAACAAACCUCAUUAACGCAACCCCAUGAAGGACACUCAUUAAUAAGCAAUGACAUUGUAAAAGAGAAAAAUAUGGAAGAGGUUCAGCAACACUUGGAUGUGGGUGAUAAGGAAGAUAUUUCUUUUGUAAAGCAUCAAGAACAAACCUCAUUAACGCAACCCCAUGAAGGACACUUAUUAAUAAGCAAUGACAUCGUAAAAGAUAAAAAUAUGGAAGAGGUUCAGCAACACUUGGAUGUGGGUUACAAGGAAGAUAUUCCUUUUGUAGAGCCUCAAGAACAAACCUUAUUAACGCAACCACAUGAAGGACACUUAUUAAUAAGUAAUGACAUUGUAAAAGAGAAAAAUAUGGAAGAGGUUCAGCAACAUUUGGAUGUGGGUUAUAAGGAAGAUAUUCCUUUUGUAGAGCCUCAAGAACAAUUAUUAACGCAACCCCAUGAAGGGCACUUAUUAAUAAGUAAUGACAUUGUAAAAGAGAAAAAUAUGGAAGAGGUUCAGCAACACUUGGAUGUGG